CGUGCCUGAAUGCGCCUUGCGCCAAUUUCGUUUGACGGCAGUCGCUCGCAAGCAGGUGCGUUGUGCGCGCGUGCGUCCGCCAUAUUUGAGUAACAGCUGAUAUUGCCGCCAACGCGAUCUUGUUACGAACAUUUUGAAUUAACGAAUACGACUGUAGCUUUGAUUUUAAAUGCACAAACAUUAUAACUGAGUGCAGUGAUUAAAUAAACGGACUAAUGAAGAUGACAGUUAAUCGAAUAAGAGUUGUGGUGCUGGGGAGCGCGCGGUGCGGCAAGUCUGCCGUGGUGGUUCGUUAUUUAACGAAGCGGUACAUUGGCGAGUACAGCUCAACUGGCGAUUUCCUGUAUCAACAUCGGGUGGCAUUCGACGGCGCCACGUCUGAAGUGGAAGUCUUAGAUACGUGCGGGUGCGCCAAACGAGGAUGUUUAGCUGAACACCUACGAUGGGGGGAUGCUUUUGCAGUAGUGUACUCAGUAUGUGACAGACGGUCAUUCAUUGCUGCUGGAGAACUGCUGGCUUUACUGGAGAGGACCAGGCUACCAGGUUGCACCGCCGUCACCCUACUCGGAAACAAACGUGACCUGGAACAUGCCAGAGUUGUCAAAGCGGAAGAGGGUCAGGAGCUGUCGUUGCGCUUCGGUUGUCAGUUCUACGAGGUGUCGGCGGCGGAGUCGUGCGCGGGCGCAGCGCUCGCGUUCCACGCGCUGUUGCGGGAGGCGCGCGCGCUGGCGCUCUUGUUGCCCGCCCCCAGGCGAAAGCUUGCUGCCUACUCUGUCUCUAAAGUAAUCGGCACAAUCCUUGGUUUAAGCAACAAAAGCGUCAGGAAGAAACGGCCAUCAUUGAGCAUAUGAUCUGUCGGUCCAUGCUGUACUGGAUCUUGUUCACUCCGUGACAGGAGUUUUUGUUUUUAUUUCUGUAGCAAUACAGAAACCUUGUUAUCUCUGUCGAUACGCAUCGAAGAGAUUUGUCUGCCGGGCCAGGAACGGAACUAAGGAGGAUUUACGAUGGCUGCUAAAGAUGAGUCGGAUGGAAAUGGCUGCGUUGGAAUAUGGUCCUUAUGUUGACUACUUAGUAGUUAUUGUUGUACAGUGUAUAUUGUUAUU